CUGUUUUUUAAGUAAAAUCAAAACACUGGCACAUGUUUCACAAUUUUUAAUCAGAAAAUUUAGUACACCUUCCACACCGCCAGCAAAUAUUCAGAGAGUUUAAAUAUCUGGUGUUUUUAUUUAUUUGCAAUGGACAGAAUUAAGGAAAUAAGAACCAGAGUUGAACUAAAAGAACAUGGUCUUGAAAAUGUUCACAGUACUGACUUUCCAGGAUCAUAUGAUGGUUAUGAUGAUGCUUGGAAUAAAGAGAAAUUUGAAAAGAAUUUCCGCAUCGAGGUUGGACGUUUGGCAGCUGAUGAACUGGAAUUUGACAUGAUAGGGAUUGAUGCAGCCAUUGCUAAUGCCUUCCGCAGAAUACUUUUGUCAGAGGUUCCGACAAUGGCUAUUGAAAAGGUUCAUAUUUUCAACAACACAUCCAUUAUCCAAGACGAGGUACUAGCACAUAGACUUGGUCUCAUUCCCAUCAAGGCAGAUCCCAGGCUCUUCCAGUACAAACAGAACCCUGAUGCCGACCCAACAGAAGAAGACACAAUCCAGUUUGAGCUGAAGGUGAAAUGUACACGCAACCCAAAAACUGAUGACCCAGACAACAUGUAUAAAGACCACAAAGUCACAACAAGACAUUUAAAGUGGGUACCCAUUGGAAACCAGGCAAAUAUAUUUAAAGAAGGAGACAUAAGGCCGGUCCAUGUCACUGAAGAUGAACCCAUAUUGAUCGCAAAACUGAGGCCUGGACAAGAGCUUGACCUGAAACUGUUCUGUGUGAAAGGAAUUGGUCAAGAUCACGCAAAGUUCUCACCAGUUGCUACUGCAUCCUAUCGCCUGCUACCUGAAAUCACUCUGCUGAAACCAGUCACAGGGGAACUGGCUGUCAAACUACAGAAGUGUUUCUCCAGCGGGGUCAUUGAGAUUGAUACAGUUGAUGGUGAGAAGAAGGCGAGGGUUGCCCAUCCACGCAAGGACACCUGUAGUCGGGAGGUGAUGCGACAUGACGACCUGAAAGACUGUGUCAAGCUAUGCCGUGUCAGAGACCACUUUAUCUUCAAUGUUGAGUCGACUGGAAUUCUGCCCCCUGAAGUAUUGGUGUCACAGGCGAUACAGGUGCUCAUGACCAAGUGCCGGGAUCUUUCUAGAGAAUUGGACGAAACGGACAAGUAGCGGGCUGCAGUGUUGUUAUUUUGUAAUGAUUAUCAUAUAUUAAAUUGCAAAACACUG